UGAGCUUUCCAUUGACCCUUUAACAUUCAUGGACCGCUGUAAGCCAGUGGACUUGUCAUCAUCACAGCGACCGGUAUUUCUACCAAAUGAACGACUGUUAGCUUCCCAAGGGCCGGUUGGUCUCUAUGAUGGCAAGGAGAAGUCUGUGCAGCACCAAGAAGGUGUGGGCUAUCUCACGUCACAUCGAGUGAUAUAUGUAGAUUCAAAAGAUCCCCGAAAGAACUCUGUCCAACUCGAACUUGCAUCGAUCAAGAGCAUUGAUACCUACGCAGGAUUUUUGAGCAGAUCCCCCAAAAUAACUUUAUACCUGGACAACUCUCGUCCUUCUUUUCCAUCUUCAUCCGCGGAUUCUGAAAGUUCCAGCAGUUUACCUACCAAGGUUUUGGGUACAUGGCACUGUCCCAUCUGCUCGUUCCAAAACACAGAGGACCUAGAAAAAUGUCAGCUGUGUGGUGUGCCAAAGCCAGCUAAUAUUCAGGUCAUAACACCCAUUUCCACCACUUCUAGUCCAAAAUCUGUGGAAGCAGACGCCAAUGCUUGUCCAAUCUGUACCUUCAUCAAUCACCCUAGUAUGGUGCGUUGCGAAAUGUGCGAUAGUGAGAUUGGCAAGACUCCGACACCCUCUACUUUAUCCGAGCCUGGCAACGCAUCACCUAUCAGCAUUACCCCACCGCCUGAGGAUGGUAAAGGAGAUGAACCCUAUAUUAAAAUAGCCUUCCGAGCUGGCGGAUACACGACCUGGCUACCUAAUUUGAAAUCGGCCUUGGCCACCAAGGCUUGGGAGCAGAAGGUAGAGCCUGAGGUGGAGAGACCUGUGGCAAGCUCUCGAGGAGUUGGCAUCAGUGCUAUUCAAGAACGCAUUGAGAAAACUAGGCUGGAUGCCGCCGAGACGCUUACAGAUGCGUUCAAAGAUUUGGACGGCUUAAUGGCGAAGGCUGCUGAAAUGGUCAAGCUGGCCGAAUCCAUAACCACCAAGAUAAGUAAAGAACCUCAAGGCUCGGGUACCUCGGAGAACGAUACCUUGGCUUUGAACACUUAUUUGAUGGAGCUUGGAAUAUCCAAUCCAGUCACAAGGGAUUCUACUGGGUCAAGUUAUCAUCAAGAGUUGGCGCGAGAACUGGCAGACUUCUUAGUACCAAUUCUGGAGCGUCAAGGUGGCAUGAAAUCUCUCGCUGAUGUAUAUUGUUUAUUUAACCGUGCGCGUGGUGUUGCUCUCAUAUCCCCUGAAGAUUUGUACAAAUCUAGUUGCCAAUUCGAUACCCUUCACUUACCCGUCCGCUUGAAACGAUAUGAAAGUGGUUUGCUGGUCAUUCAGUCUCUCAACCUCAGCGAUGACAGGGUAGCGCAACGUAUUGCGAAUCACGUCAAGCAGUAUGGACCGUUGACUGCCAUGAGAAUUGCUGAACUGGAAAAUUUGGCACUUCCAGUCGCCGUAGAACAACUAUAUAUGACAGAGGCUAAAGGACUACUUUGUAGAGACGCCAGCUCGGCGGGUAUCACCUUUUUCGAAAAUCUGUUUUUGCAAAAUCAACAAGUCGCCAGCCAAUAAGACUUUUUCCCAAACAUCACCAUUUGCUCAUCAAAUUGUACAAAUACAAAAAGCUUAAACCAUUCAUUGUAAACUGU